CGCCUUUCUCACGGGAGGAAGAACAACCAGCAGCCAACCUCCUAUUUCUGAAGAGCGACGCCGAAGACGCGCCGCCUGCACUGCGACGGUGCGUCCUCCCUCCACGGCUCCACCACCACCCUCAAUUGGUCCAGCUCUCUAGCUUAAGGAAGAUGGGAAAUCUAUUAGGCUGUAUCCAAGUUGAUCAGUCCACUGUGGCGAUUAAAGAACAUUUUGGUAAGUAUGAGGAUGUGCUAGAGCCAGGAUGCCACUGUGUGCCUUGGUUCCUCGGAAGCCAAGUGGCUGGUCAUCUCUCACUCCGUGUGCAGCAAGUGGAAGUCCGUUGUGAGACCAAGUCCAAGGACAAUGUAUUUGUCAAUGUUGUGGCAUCAAUUCAGUACCGAGCCCUUGCUGGAAAGGCAAAUGAUGCCUUUUAUAAAUUGAGCAACACUAAGGGUCAAAUUCAGGCAUACGUUUUUGAUGUAAUCAGGGCCAGCGUUCCCAAACUCAAUCUUGAUGAUGUUUUUGAGCAAAAAAAUGAUAUCGCCAAGGCUGUUGAAAAUGAACUUGAGAAGGCUAUGUCUGCUUAUGGCUAUGAGAUUGUUCAGACUCUAAUUGUUGAUAUUGAACCGGAUGAGCACGUUAAGAAAGCUAUGAAUGAAAUCAAUGCUGGAAAAAAGAAGAUAUUUUCUUGUCCAAUUUGGCUUUGUGCUACGUUCCUACUUUAUUCUAUGAAUUCAUUGAAGUACCUUGAACUGGUUGUUUUCAAUGGUUGUACAUUGUUAAAGCUUAAAAGCUUACAAUAAGAAUAUCAAGAAAGAAAAUUAACACGCCACUGAUUUUUGGACUCACUUUGAUUAUCUUUUCCCAGCUGCUAGGCUAAGGCUUGCUGCGAAUGAGAAGGCAGAGGCUGAAAAGAUUUUGCAGAUUAAGAGGGCAGAGGGGGAGGCUGAGGCCAAGUACCUCGCGGGGUUAGGUAUUGCUCGCCAACGACAAGCCAUUGUGGAUGGGCUUAGAGAUAGUGUUCUAGGGUUCUCGGUCAACGUCCCGGGAACCUCAGCCAAAGAUGUCAUGGACAUGGUUCUAGUCACCCAGUACUUUGACACAAUGAAGGAAAUCGGUGCUACCAACAAAUCAUCCACCGUCUUCAUCCCUCAUGGGCCCGGAGCAGUUCGUGACGUGGCCUCUCAGAUCCGUGAUGGCCUUCUCCAGGCUUCUCACCGUGACUAACGACCUCUGUAAAUGCUCAUACCUCCACACUUUGUGUUCAUACAAAUGUUUAGCAGAUAGUCUUGAUGGUCUGAUCUUUUGGAGAAUGUACUUAUAUGGUACGGGCCUGGGAAUUGUCUCACAGUUAUUGUGAAUUGUUCUUUGCCAUUUUUAAGUUACCCUUUGAUAGCUAGCUGGGUGCCAAAAAAGUCUUUCUGCUCCU